CUUACAAAUGUCUGAAUUUCUAAAUAUAAAAAAAUCUGCGACAAGCAGCGAAAGUGUGACAGAACUAGAUCAUGACUAGUUACAAUACAGUGUGAUACAUAAGAUACAUAUGUCAUAAAGGUUUCUUACAGUAUAAUGAGUCCGAGGCCCGAGAGCCAUCAUGGAGAAUACACACGAGAUAAUACAGAGAAACUUACAUGUUAUUAAGACACAAGAGUAGCGGAAGAGAAGACAGGAAAUAAGAGAAGAGAGAGCGGGUACAGGUAUGUUGCCGCUUAUAUACCCUAUCCAGAUAGAGCCCUUAUCAGAUCUUCCCGGAAUACCAGCUGCGGGCUGGAGUGGGUCCAGGGGGGUUCAACGGGAUACGGCAAAGCUCGACACUUUUAUUUUGUUUCCUUUAGGUUGGUAUAAUUAACUUACAGAAGAAUCGGAUGAAUUCGGAACCAUUCGUAUACUUUUCAAAUUUAUGCUUUCGGCCAUGUUGGUGUGUUGUUUACAUUUUGUGUUUACAUUUGGUGACAGCAACUACAGUGAGCAAGUAAGUAACAGUUUUUCAUUAUUAUUUAUAUAAAUAUGUAUGUACAAUUAAUGCACGUUCUAUAUUAGAAUGGUUUAUACUUGUUGUGUUGAAGGAUGUUUUACAAAACAAGGAGACAAAAUAGUGUUGAGAUCAUUUCCACCUAUUGAUUCUUUGUUAUUUGAGCAGUGGAAAGUUGCUACAAGUAACAAUUCACUGAAAGAUAUGGACAAUCAGUAUAUAAGGAAAUCUAAGAAAGUAUGUAAUCUUCAUUUUUCUGAAAAGUACAGAAAGAGACCGAAGUUCUUAACAUACGAUUAUCCAAUGUUGACAGAAAAUCUUAUGAAUGAUGCAGUUGUUGAUGAAAUGAAUAUUGAUGACGAUAGUAAUAAAAUUAUUGGCAAUUCAGAUCACUUGGGUUGUACAAUAGUACAAGUUGAGACUGAAGAAAUGAGUAUUGUUGCCGAUGGUACCAGAACUAUUAACAACAAUCUUAUUAAUUUGAAUCAACUGUAUUGUGAAACAGAACAAGUUGAGACUGAACAGUGUGAUACAUAAGAUACAUAUGUCACAAAGGUUUCUUACAGUAUAAUGAGUCCGAGGCCCGAGAGCCAACAUGGAGAAUACACACGAGAUAAUACAGAGAAACUUACAUGUUAUUAUGACACAAGAGUAGCGGAAGAGAAGACAGAAAAUAAGAGAAGAGAGAGCAGAUACAGAUAUGUUGCCGCUUAUAUACCCUAUCCAGAUAGAGCCCUUAUCAGAUCUUCCCGGAAUACCAGCUGCGGGCUGGAGUGGCUUGUAGGUAACGUCAUAUAAGCGGGCUGGAGUGAGCACCACAAACA